AUGGAUGGCCGCGACUUCGCGCCGCCGCCGCAUCUGCUGUCGGAGCGCGGGAGCCUGGGCCACCGCAGCGCCGCCGCCGCCGCGCGCCUCGCUCCGGCCGGGCCCGCUGCGCAGCCGCCCGCGCACUUCCAGCCGGGAAAGUACUUCCCGUCGCCGCUGCCCAUGGCUUCGCACACAGCCAGCAGCCGCCUGAUGGGAAACUCCCCGGCCUCUUCUUUCAUGGGCAGCUUCCUCACCAGCAGCCUGGGCUCCGCGGCCUCCACGCACCCGAGUGGCCCCACCUCCUCCCCCUCUGAGCAGGCCUACCGUGGCUCCCACCCGGCCACCUCCCAGAUCUGGUUCUCCCACUCCCACGAAGCUCCGGGGUACCCCAGGUUUUCGGGGAGUCUGGCAUCCACCUUCCUACCCGUGAGCCACUUGGAUCACCAUGGAAACAGCAAUGUUCUCUACGGGCAGCACCGUUUCUAUGGAACCCAAAAAGAUAACUUCUACCUGCGCAACCUGCCCCCCCAGCCCGCCCUCCUGCCCGCCAACCACAACUUCCCCGGCGUGGCGCGCGCCGCUCCCACCCACCCCAUCGGCUCCUGCAGCCGGGACCGGGGCGAGGCCGGCCCCCUGCAGAAGGGCCCCAAGGAGUUCGACCGCUUCCUCAUGGGCAAGGAGCUGGGCAGAGAGAAGGCCGGCAAGGCGGCCGAGGGCAAGGAGCGCCCCGUGGCUGAGGAGGACGGUGGCAAGGAGCGGCACAAGCUGGUGCUGGCCGACGGGCACUGCAAGGAGGGCGUCCCCGUGCCGCGAGGCCCCUGCGAGGGCCGCCCCAAGCACCCCACCUCCUGCCUCCUCAACGCCAAGGCCCUCGACGGCGACACGGGCAAGGCCGCGCUGGCCAGCUGCGCGGGGGGCACGCUGGGGCGGCCCGGAGCGGGGGUGGCGGCCCCCGGGCGCUGCGCGAAGGAGGUGGUGGGCCCCGUGGAGCCCGGGCCGGCCUUCGGCGAGUGCCUGGAGCGGCGGCAGAUGCUGCACCACGCUGCGUCCUACUCGGUGCCCUCAGGCCUGCCCGCCGGGCCUCCCCCUGCCCUGGGCACUGCCGCCGGCUCCUUCUCCUGCCUGCAGCUGCACGGGGGGCCCGACGGGCUCUGCCCACUGCAGGACAAAGCCCCCCGGGACCUGAAGGCCAGCGGGCCCACCUUUGUGCCUUCCAUGGGUCACCUCGCCGACAAGAGCCGCCCCUUCCAGGCGGCCGAGGCCUGCGCCGUGGUGGGUGAGGGCAAGGACCGGCACCUGGAGGGGGCCGCGGCCGCUGACCACGCGGCGCCCUACGGAGUGUCCUAUGCCCACCUGAAGGCCGAGGGCGCGGGUGAGCGCCGGCCUGGGGGCUUUGAGGCAGCCCUGAACCCCCGGCUGAAGGGCCUGGAGUAUCUCAACAGCGCGGGCCCUGAGGCCUCCUUCCCGGGGCUCCCCAAAGGCUGUCUGGACAAAAGCGGCUAUUUCGAGUUGCCUACCCCUUCCCAGGACUGUGCCCGGCCCGGUCACCAGGACCCGCUGGGCGGGAAGACCGCCACCCAGGCCUGCUGCACUUUAGAGAAGGCCGCCAACAAGGAAGCCCCCGCAGGCGUUCCCGGGACCCAGAAGGUGGCCCGGAUCCGGCAUCAGCAGCACUUGGUGGCCCCCGAACCGGAGCCAGGGGGCACUGGGGCCGAAGCCAAGCGCAAGUCCCUGGAGCUGGCCUGCCUGGGCUACGGCGGGUCCCACCUGCCCCCGUGGGGCGUGCAGGCGGGCCAGGGCACCGCCGUGGCCAUCAGCGAGGAGCACAAGGCGGGCGCCUACCUGGACCCCUUCGGCAGCGGCCUGCAGCAGGCGGCCCUCCUGCCCCAGGAGCUGCCCGCCCCGCCCGGCGAGGUCUCGGCCAUGAAGAACCUGCUGAAGUACAGCAACCAGGCCCUGGUCGUGGGCCAGAAGGCACCGUUCGUGAGCCUGGGCGGCCUCAAGGCCAGCUGCGUGCAGCAGGAAGCCAAGUUCCCGUCCUCCAAGGGCCCCGGCCAGGCGGAGAGGCCGGACUGCGCCCGCAGCCGGGAGCACGAUGCCCCGCACGGUGACGGGGAGGCGCGGCAGCCGCCCGUGGGCAUCGCGGUGGCCUUGGCCCGGCAGAAGGAUACAGUGAGCCGGUCGGAGACGGCGUAUGGUGCCAACACCGGGCGGCAGGGCCGGGCUGCCCCUGCGUUCAAAGCCGGUGGGGGUGCCCGCUCCGCACACGCGCUGGACCUGGAGGCCGAGGAGGAGAGGACGAGGCUGUGUGAGGACCGUCUGGGCCUGGCUGGCCGCGAGCUGCUGCUGCAGGACAACAAAGACCUCGUGGACUUUGCCCGGAUCCACCCGUCCGGCGGCUGCCCCGGAGACCUGGCCCCCCACCUCAUGAUGCAGGGCGGCCAGCUGGGUGGGGACCCGGCCCCCCACCCUGCCCACCCCCCCUGGCUGCCCCGCACUCGCAGCCCCUCCUUGUGGAUGGGGGGACACUCGUACGGCCUGGGGCACCCCGCCCUGCACCAGAACCUGCCCCCCGGCUUCCCUGCCUCUGUGGCUGGCCCCGUGCCCUCCGUCUUCCCCCUGCCCCAGGACGCCCCCACACAGCUGGUCAUCCUGCCCUCGGAGCCCGCGCCCCACAGCGCCCCGCACGCGCUCGCGGACGUCAUGGACCAGGCCUCGCUGUGGCCCUCCAUGUAUGGCGGCCGGGGCCCCGCCUCCCACAUGCAGCACGCGGGCCAGCUCCCCGUGUACUCGCGCUCCCAGCUGCUGCGGCAGCAAGAGCUCUACGCGCUGCAGCAGCAGCAGCAGCAGCAGCAGCAGCAGCAGCAGCAGCAGCAGCAGCGGGCAGCCCAGGCCCUGGAGCUGCAGCGGGCCGCCCAGUUCCAGCGGAAGCCAGAGGACCACCACCUGGAGCUGGAGGAGCCCGCCCAGGAGAAGGCCCUGAAGUCCACCCACAAGCCAGUUGCCUUAACCCCCUCGGCCCAGGGCGCCCCCUCGCCCACCACCGGCCCCAUCAAGCUGCCACCUUGCUGCCACCCACCCACACUGAAGCCCCCCGCCAGCUGCCCCACGCCCCCGCCGCGGCCCGGCGCCCCGUGCACUUUACCCGUCUGCCCCGCCGGCAGCCCCGGGCCUGGCUCCAAGGUGCCCAGCGCCAAGGACGAGAGCGGGGAUGGCCGGCGGCCCGGGGCCGGCGUUGCCUCGUUAGAACCAGACCUGCCUCCUGGGUACACGCGCCCCAUGGCCAGCGCGGGCUUCUCCUCCUCCCUGCCCUCAGACCUGCACUCAUCUGACCUCGAGGACCCCGAAACUAUGCAAACCGCCGCCCCAGGGGCCCAGCCUGAGCCUGCAAGGACGUUCCUGCCCGGGGAGCUGCCCCCCUGCGGCCCCCUGAGCCUGGAGGAGCCCGGGCUGCUCCUGGGGGCCCGGGAGGUCGCCCAGAACCUCGCCGCCACCUCCCGCCCCGCCGAGCGGGGAGCCCAGGGGACAGCAGCGGACCCCAGCCCACUUGAGGGGCUGCAAGAACUGCCGUGCGGGGCCCUCCUCGAGGGAGGGGUCCCCGAGGCCACCAUCCAGGCUCGUUCUACUCAGGGAGGGGCGCAGGAGGAGAGGAGCAGGGGGGAGCAGGGCGAGGAGCGGGAGCAAGGGCCCUCGCUGGGGGCCUCCCCGCCGGCCCUGGAGCAGCAGGCAGGGAGCCCCGGCGGCCUGGGGGAGGAGGGGGCGCGGCUGGCCCCAGAGGAGGCCGAGCUGGAGCCUGAGACAGUGGACUCAGAGGAGGAGCAGGGGGCAGCUCCCGACGACAGCCCCCCGCCCAGGGCAAUGCCGGGCCUGGACGCUUUGGUGGCCGCCACCAUCGACCUGGGGGACCUGCCAAGCGGUGGCCUACUGGACCCUCAGCCCCUGGCGGCCUCCAGGCCCCCCAGCACAGCCGCCCCGCCCAGCAGCUCAGGGAUUCACGGGAUUGCUCUGCUCAGCGAGCUGGCGGACCUGGACACCCAGCGGCAGCGGAGCGAGCAGGCCGUGCCAGAGGAGGAGGAGGAUGUGCUGGCCUUCAACCUGCAGCACUUGGCCACGCUGGCCACAGCCUGGUCCCUAGUGGAGGCCGCUGGCCUGGACGUCCCCACCGCCUCUGCACAGCCCCCCGCUGCCGAGCCCUGCGGCGGCCCCAGGCUCACGCCCCGCAUGCAGAUCCUGCAGCGAAAAGACACCUGGGCCCCCAAGACCAAGCCUGUGUGCCCCCUGAAGGCGGCCAUUGACCGGCUGGACACGCAGGAGGUGGAGAUGCGCAUGCAGCUGGCGGAGCUGCAGCGGCGCUACAAGGAGAAGCAGCGGGAGCUGGCCCGCCUGCAGCGCAGGCACGACCACGAGAGAGAGGAGAGCUCCCGCAGCCCCGCACGGCGCGGGCCCGGCCGGCCAAGGAAGCGCAAACACUCCAGCUCGCUGCCCGCCCUGCGGCCUGGGGGCCAGCUCGCCAGGACCGAAGGCAAGAAAGUCAAGGCGGUGCGGACCAGCCUCAGCCGGCUGUGUGCGGAGCUGCGGGGAGCGGGCGGGGGCGAGCCCACCCCAAAGCGAAGCAGGCUGGAGAAGAGCGUCUACCUGCAGGCAGCCUCCCUGGAGAAGGCACGAUGCAAGAAGAGCAGCGGCCAGAGCGGGCUGGCGUCCUCAGUGGCCCAUAAGGCGGCCCGGCUGAAGCCAAAGGUCAAGGGCAGGGGCCUGCCCUCGGGCCUUGGCCCCUUCCCGCGGGCAGAGGUGAGCCCAGGGGGACGCAUCCGCAAGGAGCUGUCCCGAGCCAAGAGCACCAAGGCGUCCAGGGCAGCCCGACGCCCACAACCCGAGGGCGAUGUCGGCAGGGAGAUGCCCAGAUUCCCCACGCGGCCGGCAGUGGCCUCGUCCCACGAGGCAGGCAGUGGCUAUGACAGCGAGGACUGCGAGGGUCUCUUGGGGACAGAGGCGCCACCCAGGGAGCCCGGGCUGCACUCGGGGCCCGGCAUGGCCGUGCUGGGGCCCUCGCCCUCCUCCGUGGUCAAGAUGGAGGCCAACCAGAAGGCCAAGAAGAAGAAGGAGAGGCAGGGCCUGCUCGGGGCCUGCCGCCUGUCCAGCCCCGAGGGCGAGGUGAAGAUCAGGCGGCGCACGGUGAAGGAGAAGGCGGGCGCCAAACUGGAGCGGGCGCCGGGGCAGAGGCCGCCAGGAGCGCCGGGCAAGAAGAAGGCCAAAGGCGGCCUGCGGGCAGAGCCAGGGCCCACCCCGGGCAGGGACGCCCUUUUCGGCCCCUCCCGGGCCUUUGCCUGCCGCGAGGAGGGCAGCAAGCUGGCCAGCGAGCGCCUCAAGAGGGCCACGCGCAAGAGCACCAUGCUGCAGCCGGUGCUGCGGCGGAAGAACGGGGCCCUGUCCAUUGCCCUGGCCGCCCGCAACGCCAAGGCCAUCCUGGGCAAGGGCCGGAAGCUGGGCAAGGUGAAGAGCAAGAGGGUCCGCAAGCAGGGCAAGGGCCGGGCCGUGAGCCGCCUGCUGGAGAGCUUCGCGGUGGAGGACGACUUCGACUUUGAUGACAACAGCAGCUUCUCGGAGGAGGAGGAGGAGGAGGAGGAGGAGGCCAGUGGCCCCCUGAGCCUGGAGCAGAGCGCAGCCCUGGCGCGCUCCUGCACCAUCCACAAGGAGGACCUGCAGGACGGGCUGCCGGUGCUCAUUGCCAAGGAGGACAGCCUGCUGUACGCGGGCAGCGUCAGGACCCUGCAGGCCCCCGACAUCUACAGCAUUGUCAUCGAGGGCGAGAGGGGCAACCGGCAGAGGGUCUACUCGCUGGAGCAGCUGCUGCAGGAAGCGGUUCUCGACGUGCAGCCGCAGUCGAGCCGGUACCUCCCGCCCGGCACCCGGGUCUGCGCAUACUGGAGCCAGAAGUCCCGUUGUCUGUACCCGGGCAACGUGGUGCGAGGCAACUGUGGGGAGGAGGAGGAGGAGGACCUGGACUCCGUGGUGGUGGAGUUCGACGACGGGGACACAGGCCACAUCGCCGUCUCCAACGUCAGGCUCCUGCCCCCAGACUUCAAGAUCCAGUGCACGGAGCCCUCCCCAGCCCUGCUCGUGUCCAGCAGCUGCCGGAGGACCAAGAAGGCCUCCAGCGAGGCCCCCCCGCCCAGCGAAUCCACCGCCCCCAGCCUGUCCCCCAAAGCGCAGGACAGCUCCGAAACCUCCAAGACGCCCGGGAAGAAAUGCAUGAGCAAAGACAAAGCUGGCAAAGCCGAGCUCCUAACCUCAGGUGCCAAACCCCCCUCGGGGGCCUCAGACCACUUCUUGGGCCGCCGGGGCAGCCCCCUGCUGAGCUGGUCCGCGGUGGCGCAGACCAAGCGGAAGGCGGUGGCCGCGGCGGCGGGCAAGGGGCCGGGGGUGUUGCAGAACCUCUUCCAGCUCAACGGCAGCGCCAAGAAGCUGCGGGCGCACGAGGCCCUGUUCCCCGUGCAUAGCAUGGCCACGCCCGUGUUCGGCAACGGCUUCCGCGCCGACUCCUUCAGCAGCCUGGCCAGCUCCUACGCUCCCUUCGUGGCCGGGGCCGGGCCGGGCCUGCCGGGCGGCGCCCACAAGCUGCUGCGGGCCAAGAAGGCGGAGCGGGCGGAGGCCGAAAAGGGCGCGCGGCGGCGGGCGGGCGGCGAGUUCCUGGUCAAGCUGGACCACGAGGGCGUGACGUCCCCCAAGAACAAGAACUGCAAGGCACUGCUCGUGGGGGACAAGGACUUCGGCCCCAAGCUGGGGCGGGCCCUGCCCAGCCCCAGCUACGCGCACCCGGCCCUGGCGGGCAAGGACAGGAAGGGGCGGGCGCCCGUCCACCCGCUGCCCAUGGGGCUGGCGCUGCGCAAGUUCGCGGGCCAGGCCGAGGACCUCGUGUGGCGGGCCCACCAAGCCAUUCACACUGGUCCUCGGCAGCCUCCGGCUGGCGUGGAAACGCCCACACAACACAGUGCCAACAAAGGGCACACGCCCUGGCGCAAAAGCCGCCGCAAGCUCACGGAGGACCGCGCUGGACGGUGGAGAGGAACUAGCCCACCUACCUGCGUGGGGUUCCCUGACCACUUCCAGAGCUGCCGGGCAGGCAGGAAGGCUGAGAUCUUUGGCCGGUUUUCCACGGAGGGCAGCCGCUGCCUCCGCGAGAGCUCUUUGGCUUUGGAGAAGCUCAGGGCCUCCUUGCGCUUGAGCUUGGCUUUGCCCGUGCCGGGGCCGGCGCCCGCGGCCACCGCGGCCCUGGACAGGAAGCAGCGCUGGGCGUACCCGGUGUUCCUUUAUCGUCAGUCCAGAUGCCCCGACCCAGGGUCGCCCGGGCCUGGCUGUCUCCUCCGGGACCCGCGGCGGGGCCUCCCUCCAGCAAUGGCCGGGGUUUCUCUCCCUGGCGGGUGCCCAGCACACACUCACCCACGACGCAGGACACACGCCCCUGCCUACGAGUACACCCAGAUACACACACGCACUUGCAGGACACGCCCUCUCCCGGCCAUGCCGGGCCCCUCAUCGCCCUGCCCCGUGUCCCCACAGCGGCGCGGCAUGAAGGGGAAGGCCAGGAAGCUAUUCUACAAGGCCAUCGUGCGGGGCAAGGAGACGCUGCGGGUCGGGGACUGCGCGGUCUUCCUGUCCGCCGGGCGGCCCAACCUGCCCUACAUCGGCCGCAUCGAGAGCAUGUGGGAGUCGUGGGGCAGCAACAUGGUGGUGAAGGUCAAGUGGUUCUACCACCCCGAGGAGACCAAGCUGGGCAAGCGGCAGUGCGACGGCAAGAACGCGCUGUACCAGUCCUGCCACGAGGACGAGAACGACGUGCAGACCAUCUCCCACAAGUGCCAGGUCGUGGGGCGCGAGCAGUACGAGCAGAUGGCGCGGAGCCGCAAGUGCCAGGACCGGCAGGACCUCUACUACCUGGCCGGCACCUACGACCCCACCACGGGGCGCCUGGUGACGGUGGACGGUGUGCCCAUCCUGUGCUGAGCCCGCCUGGCACCCACACCGACCCGCGGCGCCCAGAGGCCAGGCCGAGCGCCAGGGGUGUCCGAGCAGAUGCACCAGCUGCCCGGAGGCUCCGCGCUCCCCUGUGAUUUCCCUGGAAAGAGAGAGCCCCCCGGCUGGCCGGCGGCCGCAGGGCCCGGUCCUGUCCCAUCUGCUGCAGAGGGUGGCGCUGCGCCCCUGCCUGGACCCCGCCGCCCGCCCGCCCGCCCGCCGGCCCCACGCGGGCGCUCUGUUUUCCGCAUCGGCAGUUCACGAGAGAUUAGAAUCCAAGCCAUAUUCCCCUAGUACCUCCGACUGUCUCCCACCAGGGAAAGCAGAAAUCAGGUGUGUUGUCUAUUUAUUGCUCUAUGUAAAUAUUGUACUUCUGCGGGGAAAUUUUACGGAGAAAAGUGGAAAAGGAUUUUUUCCCCAUCCGAGUGACGAGGGUGUGUGUGUGUGUGUGUGUGUGUAUGUGUGUGCGCGCGCGGGUGUGUGUGUGUAGGGACCGGGUUUGGGGGCUCCCUUCGGAAAUGCACUGUUCUCCUCAGCCUAGCUGAGUUCCGACUGGGCCGUCUGUGACGACAGAGGCAGCUUGGGGUGGGGGCAGAGGGCAAAGGCCACGGGAGGGUCAGGUGGGACCCUCGGGGGCACCCUCUAAUCUCUUGGGGGGCUGCUGUGUGAGGCGAAAGUCACACUCGAGUUUACUUCCUGUCAAUGCGUCUCCUAGGAAAAUAGUCCUGGGGGGGUUGGCGAGGAGGGCGGCGGCGGCGAAGGGGCUCCAGGCUCCGGCGCAAACGCAAACAGGACCAGCGCCCGGCCCGAGAGUGGCAGCGGCCACGUGCAUCUUACCUCUGUUUAAAACGAAACAAACACGAACAAACAAUUCAAAGUAUCCAUAAGAAAAAGUGACGUUUUGAUUUUUAUUUCCUGAAUAUUCCAGUUUAUAUCUGAUUUCUGUCUCCACGGCCAGUUAGUCCUAGGGGAAGGAGUCCGGCCUCCUCCCGGAGCAGGGCGGGGCCGGCCCCUCCCCCACCUCUGCGCCCUCCUCACCCUCCGGCCCCCACCGUCCUCUCCUGGAGCAGCAGGUGGCCUGGGAGUUCCACCUGCUUCAUUCUCACCUCCUCCCCAGACGCCUUCCCGGUGCCCCCAAACCCCUGGCCAACCUCGCUGGCCUGCUCAGGGCUUGGGACGGUGACAAGGCCAGGCCAGAGGUUCAGGACUGGGGGACAAAAAAAUAAAAGACAGGUCCUCCCUCACCACCCACCCCGGCUGGGGGUCCCCAUGAGGUUUCUGGGCCUUCUCUGCGGCCACCAGAUGGCCUGUUGCAGAAGUGCCCGGGGGCAGAGCCAGGGUCCCUCCUGCCCGCCUGUGCCCACAUCCGGGCCCCUCGUGCAGGAAGCACCCCUCGGGGUUUGGCCCCAGAAACGCAGGAGAACUCCGCACCCCUUCCCUCCUCCCUCGGUUGACAAGGACAGACAGGGCCGGCCGGACCGGACCUGCAGCCGCAGCCCCCAUUCUCAGAAAGGCGUCCGGGGCCACGUGCUCCCCAUGUCUGUCCCGACAAGGCUCUCCUGGCCCCGCAGGGAGCUGCAGGGAAGCCCCCCAAGGCAGCUGCUGCUCUGGGAUGAGCUGCGUGUGAGCCACAGCCAGGUCCCUCGAAAGAGGGGUCAUGGGGGCCCCACACCCCAACCCCGGGCCCUCUCGGCCCCCACUUCUUUCUCAGGCCGCCCAGGAACCCACUCUCCUCCAGGGCCUGCUGCAGGCCCCCGGGGGCCCCUCCCAGUGGCUCCACAGGACGCUCCAGGUGGCAGAGGGCCGCUUUGAGAUGGGGACCCCCCAGCUUUCCCGCUCCCACCCCGAGUUUACCCCUUGUCUUGGCACGAGUGCAAUAUGUCGUCCUGGUGGGUGUCGGGAAGACGGUCGGCCAAGGUCCCGCCCGAGGCCUGGGAACCACAAAGAUGUCACAGGAAGAAAACUGCGGCCAGGCACGAAGGCCCCGAGUCGGUCGGGACAGUUGAGACGCUGGGAGGAGAAUUGAGGCCAUUUUACAGCCCGAGUGCUGAGGCGAGGGCGGGAGGGGAAGGGCCCUCUCCGGGCCGGCCCCCUCCUGCCGGGUUCCUCCGUCCUUCCGUCUCCCGCCCCUCCCUUCUUUGUGUGUGUGUGCGAGUGGCGUGACCCUCCCUCUAUCCGUGGUUAAACGUGGCAAAAGCACGAUUCUUGUAAAUGUGUAAACUAAGAGGAUGGUUGGAUCUUUUUUUUUCAAUGUAAACACUAAAAACAAAACAAACAAAAACACAAAGGUUUUAUGAACAGCAAACUCUAUGUAAAGGCAUUUUAGUAUUAAAUUUUUUAUUGAUAACUUGCUUAAGAAUAAAUAUAUGAACUAUUGUACAGGU